UUUUUCCUCAUCAUUAUAAAGGAUAGUUACAAGUUCAUACCUUUUCCUGCUGCAACCUCGUCCACAUCAACGACAAGAUGGUGUUCACCGUGAAAGACAUGUCCUUUAAGGCUGGCCAGGAGCUGACCAUCUCUGGCAAAGUCAAGUCUAGCUGUGAACUAUUUUCCGUCAAUAUCGGCCACAACUCUGAGAGCAUCGCUCUCCACUUCAACCCCCGAUUUUGCUACUGCGGCGACAGCAACGUCAUCGUGUGCAACUCCAACCUGGGCGGCUGGGGUGAAGAGCAGAGGGAGCACAGCUUCCCCUUCCAGCAGGGUGAUGACUUCAAGGUGUCUAUCAACUUCAACAACGACCAGUUUUACAUCAAACUCCCCAAUGGCACAAUGAUGAGCUUCCCCAACCGUACCGGUGAUGACACCUUCAAGCAUAUUGACGUGCAGGGUGACGUCAAGGUCCAGGGCAUCAAGAUCAAAUGAGGAGACCUCUAAAUUAAUUUCUUGUCCAUCUAAAUCCAUAAAAGUGUCCAGUAAUAUAUCUUUAUCUGAAUAUACUGUAUGUAAGCUGAAGUUUACAGUAAAAAACUCAUCCAUCUGUUUAAGAAUGUAAGGAAAACAACUACAAUUGGCUAAUAAAGUACAUUUUAUGAA